ACCUUUCCAGAAAUUCGAGCGCGCCGCCUGUGGCGGCCGCAAAGCACUGUGGGAAGCCGGAGCGCCGGCGUGUCGUCUGCUCGCGGAAGCGUUGGCUCGCCUCGUUUGCAGCGUGCGAGCUUGCGGGCGUACGAACGCGUCGUUGCAGGUAUAUCGCUCGCGAUAACCCUGCUUCAAACUGCACUCACCGAAGAGGAACGGCCAGAGCAACAUGGAUAAUAGCCAGCAAAGAAUGCCCCUCCAACCUGUGGACAACAUACAGCUGUUUCUGUCACGUUUGCCAAAAGGGCCUUGGACGAAACAACUGAAGGACUUACCAAAGGGGUUUUCAGAAGAAAAAAUUCUGCAACAUGAGCAUUCUCAUGGUGCAAAUAAGCACUCAGUAUCUGGGUACAGAAUGUUUAAAUCUGAAAAAGUUCACGAAGUACUGCUGUGCAAGGCUGUUGAUGGUGAAACAGUGGUGUUAAAAGCGAUGGUGGAAGCCUCAUUCAGCGUGGGAAAGUCCUACAAGGCUGCUGCAGCACUUACAUCAGCUGGCAACGUGAAAGAGGCUGGCUGUGAGUGUCGUGCCGGUGCAUCUGGUGUGUGUAAACACGUGGCUGCCCUGCUUUGGUUCAUGCUUGAUAUGAAGCGUUCCCAAGCUCCUUAUGUAAGAGACACCGUAGCAUGCACUGAAAAAUCCCGAACAUGGGGAAGUGGUAGUAAAGAUGCCCAUGUUCGCAAACUGAAGUUUUCCGACCUGCAGUUUGUAAAGCACCUGCCAACUAAGGCAAAGGUGCCUGUCAAGCCGAAGAGAAAUGUUCCCGUAAUUAUGAGUGAAAGUGACCUAAAGGAACUUCAUAAGGGGUUGCAACAUAACAAUAUAAACAUGAUGCUUUGUCAAGUAUUGGAAGAAAAUUGUUUUGUGCCUGUACCUUUGCCAGUCAUUAAUGAAAAACCACUGCUUCCCACGCUUCCACUGCGGUUGCCAACCAAGAUUCUGUGGUCUGAAUACGUGCCAACGAGUUAUGAAAUUGGCACUUGCUCGCUGACAUUGGAAGAGGCGUGGGCCCUUGAAGAAGCUACUAGGGCACAGAGUAACUCUGCAGCUUGGGCCUUUGAGAGGUCAAAGCGUUUAACUGCAUCACACUUUGGGGACAUUAUGUCACGCCAAAAAUUACCAGAUGAAAAAUUCUGCAGCAGGGUUUUUGGCACAAGCCAUUUACAGACUAAGCACAUGGCUUUUGGCUUGGAAAAUGAAGAAAAUGCUGUGCAUCGCUACUUGAAAAAGAAAAACUCAGCAGUCAGUGUAUACCACUGCGGCCUUUGUGUAAACCCAGGCGUCCCUGUUCUUGGUGCUACACCAGACCGCGUUGUUCAAGAAGGGCAUAGCUUCGGCCUGCUUGAAAUAAAGACACUUGCUGCAUCUAAAGACCGCGGAGAACAUUUAGAAGAAGCAAUAGCUGUGGCCCCAUUCCUAAAAAAUGGCACACUUCGUCAGUCUCACAAGUAUUUCUACCAAGUACAGGGACAAAUGGCUCUAUCGGGACUAGUGUGGUGCGACUUUGUGGUAGAUAAUGGCACAGACUGUACUUUCCAAAGAAUCGAGUUUGACCGUUCACUGUGGUUGGACAAGAUGAUGCCACGGCUUCUCGAGUUCUAUCAGAGCUAUAGGAGGCACUCUGGCAACAUAUAAGUGUCCACGUGUUUGAAAGACAUCCAUAGAUACUUCAAUGCAGAGACUUCUUCUAUUGUUUCAUGAAUGUCUAUGGUCCAUUCCAUUGUGCUGUAUUCUUGCACAUCAUUUUGUCAAUGCUGGUGCUAACUCUUAUUCCCAAAAUGUGGGAGCAUGUUAUUCUUCAUCACUUACCUGUUUAUCGUGGACAUUAAUGCUUUGCCUUCAAUAAAAAAAAAGUCAUUUUCCUCCAAUGAGCAUUGACUAAUGAGUGUUGUUGAUACUACUACAUCUGAUUCUCUAGCAGAGAAAGAACUACAGCAACCUAAUAGUCAUGUGUUUAUUUAUCCACAAUUCCACAUUUUCUCUGCAGUGUACUGUUGAACACAAGGUAUUGCAAAA